AUGUCGAGACCCUCAAGUCCCGGAUCAACAAGUCGCCGGUCGUCAAGCCGCUUGGAACUCAAGCUAGGACUUGGGAAUGCUUCUCAAGGCUGGAAUAAAGUUCUGACCGUUUUCUUCCGCAUCAAACGGAUCUGCUUCUACCCGAUUCUACAAACGAGAUUCGAGGCUCUGACCACUCCCGGGCUGAAGGCUUCGGAUUGUUUCCGCGAGUCGGCUUGA